AUGGCAAGCUACCAGAUAUUCAUUGUCGAUGCAUUCACUGACCGACCUUUUAGUGGCAACCCAGCCGCAGUCGUUCCAGUACCCGCCAGCCAGCCGAUAGUUGGAACCAGGAUGCUCCAGAUAGCUGCCGAGAUGAACCUGUCUGAGACUGCAUUUGUUAUUCCUAAGAAUGCAAAUGGGCCCAAUGCCUUCCAGGAAGCAUCUCAUUUUGAUUUGAGGAAAUCAACCUAUGCGGUCAUGCCACCGCUGGCCACCGCCUAUGUCCUAUUUUUCAAGCUUCAGAACAUAUCUAAUGAGCUGCGUUUUGACACUCUCGGUGGAGAAUUAGUCGUGCGUCGUGGUACAGACGGACAUCUAGAUAUGACGUUCCCUGUUGACAUGCCCAAGCCAGUUGAUGUCAACGAUGAUGUUAAGCUGCUCAUCUCCAGCGUCUACGGUGAGUACCGUGACUCAAUCGAGGUUGAGCUAUCGCCAGCGCUCAGAUUCUUAAUCGUACACGACCCAGACACCACCAAGGAUCACAUAGUUGGUUUGGAGCCAAGGUUUUCGCCUGCGGCAAUUGCUGCUGGUGAGCGUUUGAAUCUAGUAGCGGUUCUGAUUACUGCCAGAGGUGUUGAGAAGGACUUCCACAGUCGUGUGUUUGGUCCAUGGGUUGGUGUUGGCGAGGAUCCAGUGUGCGGCUCUGCACAUACUGUGCUUGCUCCAUUCUGGCACAGACGGUUGGGCAAGACCUUCGUUCUCUGUCACCCAGGUAUCAAAGCGACAUGGUGACCUUGAGGUUGAACUGCUUAGUGAUACCCGCGUUCAGAUUAGCGGCAAGGCAACGGCGGUUUUAGAUGGUGUUAUUUCAGUCUAGUUCAUAUCUCUCUGUGUUUUCCAAUACCGCAGCAGCAUUUCCAACACGGGUACACAGCAAUUCCCACACCAUUUGUCCGCACUAACAAUCCCGUGUGAAUAACGUGUGAGAAUGGCACUAACAGCUUGUAUUGGCGAUAUCACAAACGCAACGCAGCGCUUGGUCCAGUGACUCAUAAAGCCAUCCCAGCAUGCCACUAUUAGCCUGCGCCAGCAGUAUUUAAACGAGAACCGAGGAGCCAAACCUGGAACAGUGGCCUUUACUCACUGAAAAACCAUCCAUUCCAACUACUCACAUUACCAAUGGGCAAGUACCAGAUCUUCACCGUCGACGC